UGGAAUUUUUGGUUUUUGAUGUUAUUAAUUAUUUUAUUUAUUUUUUAAAAUUACAAAUUAACUUAGGCAUUGAAAUUAAAAAAUAACAUAUGUCAGAAUUGGUGCAAAAAUUGAAUAUUUGUCUCUAACGUAACUUUUCUGCUACAAUAAAAAAAAAGUGUAAACGAAUAUUCCAAAAAUUAAAAUAUGUAAAAAGAGUAUUUACCAUUAAGUUAAUCUAAAUUUAAAAUGGUGUAAGAUAUAAAGAUCUUAAUCAAAAGAAUUAUAAUUAUCAUCUUUAAUUGGCAUACCAAAAGUUUUUUGUUCGUCUUUGAUAAUAAAUGAGAUCAAGUGUAGGAAUUAUGCUAUCGCAAACAUGUGGUGAGCCAACAGUGUCUCAUCCCGACUAUGAACAAAAUGCACUUCACCAUAGUUGCUUGCUAGUUUUACUACGAGGUAUUGGACCUGCCAAACCUAGGUCUUUGCAGAAAAUAUUUGAACGUGUUCGACGGAUUAAUAAUGUGAAAAUAACUGAUUCACUUGGUAAUCAACGGGAUAUAUGGAUAAGAUACGUUCACGACUAUCCGGUAGAAAAUAGUCUUUGGGGUGACUUUCAAACUCAUCGUCGUUUAUUAGGUCUUAUUACAAUUGGAAAAUUCGAUACUCAACUUGAGUUAAACGAACUUUGUCGCUUACAUGAAUCUCUGAAAGUAAAAUAUAAUGAAACUCUUUUUGAUUCAAGAGCAAUUUUUUUUGGUCCUUGCACUGAAAAUACUCAAACGAAAAACGUGGAGGUUGUAAAUGAUUCAGUUCCUUCGAAAACCUUAGCCGAGACAUCAAAUAAAGAAAAAACAUUAACAGACGAAUAUUCAACACCGUCGAAUUUUAAAAGCGCAGCAUUUUUCUACCAAGAGAAUGAUGUGUGUAAUGAUUUAGACAAAAACAUGAUCGAUUUUAUCAGUUCUCUCUUUUGGAUAUUGGAAUCUAAACGUUUGAAAAGGUCGUGUGAAAAAAUAGAUAAAGCACCUCUGUUAUUGGCACCAUUCGAAAAAAAGGAUUUUGUCGGACUUGAUAUGGAAUCUCGUACAAGUCGAAAGCGAUGUAUAGGUCGCAUAACUAAAAAUCUGGCUGACCUUACAUUACAGGCUGGUUUACUUUCGGAAGCAUUAAAUUUAUAUCAUGCAGCCAUUGAAACUCUGCGUGCAAUAAGUGAUUCUUUAUGGCUAGGUGCGGCGGAAGAGGGUUUAUGUUCAACGUCUUCGAUAUUAUUGUAUCCAAAACUACGUUAUUGCGAAGUAUUCCAAAGAAAUUGCAGUCUUCAAGAGGGCACUUCCCCGCAAAAAUUUAACGCAUAUGUAGGACGAAGAAGAUCAAGUGAUUUCGCAUCAAAAUCAAGAGUUAUUAUUGAGCAUGUAAGUGAUGCGCCUCAGGAAAAUCUAACAACAAAUUUGUUCGAGAAUUCCAUUGCAUCGAAUUCAUCGUCAUCGUCAUCAGUAUCUUCAAUUUUAACGAACUCAUCUACCACUUCUUCGGAAUCUACAACCGUAACAGGAAAUUUGGAAAAUAAAGGUACCAAUUCCACUAUCUUACCUGUAAACCUUUUGACUCCAGAUGAAAUCAUUAACCAAUAUCGGAAGGCAAUAAUUAACUAUAGCAAAUAUAGAAAUGCAGGCAUUAUUGAGACCGAAGCAGCUCUUAAAGCUGCCCGAAUUUGUAUUGAACAAAAUCGUAACUUAGAUGUUGUUAUGUUUUUACAAAAUGUUCUUUAUAUCAAUGUAAAUAUGACUGAAGCUGACAGAGUCAAGCGUUUUGAAGUUCUUACAGAUUUAUAUCAACAAAUUGGUUAUAGAAGAAAAGCUGCAUUUUGUCAAAGAUUAGCUGCAUGGAAACAUGUAGCGCAAGGAAACCCAACCCCAGACUGGUCACAAAGCUAUCGUUUGAUGUUAGAGUGUUUCCCUGGGUACAUGCUAAGUUUGGAUCCAUUAGAGGUUAUUAAUAAUGCCUCAGGAUGGCCUAUGUUGCAAAUUGAUUUAUUGCAGCAAUUAAUUAUGGCCGCAAAACGCUUAGGUCACUCAGCACUAGCUACAAGACACAUGACAUACCUACUCCAGACUCAAUGGAAAAACAUGUCUUCAAGUGAACAGAAGGAAAUGGCUCUUCAACUGCAGAAUUUGAGCGCACAAUGUGAGGGGUCACCAGUAGCUCUUGUUUUGGAAAAUGGAAUAGUAAUACCACCAGCAAAUUUAACGGACAUUCCCUAUUGUUCUCAACUACUCGUAAACGAAUUACAAGCUCAUUUACGAGCACUUAAAAUUAUAAUAACUAAAAUAGACAGUGGACCAUUCUUGUUCACUCCUAUUCAUUUCAGCUCAUUGGAUCGAAGAACUUCGAAGAAAGUAGAAAAUAAAAUUUCAUUUUUUUGGGUUCAAAAUGAACUAUCUGAAGUUACCUUAAAACUAAAAAACACCCUGCCAUUUGAAUUGACAGUUAGUGAUAUGCGACUUCUCACUGCGGGAAUAGUUUUUGAAUCGUUGCCACAAACAGUUGUCCUGCAACCAGAUGUCACAACACAAAUAACGUUACACGGUACUCCCCUUGAAUCUGGUAAUUUAGAAAUACAAGGGUAUAGCACUCAUACUUUGGGAGUUAAAUCCAAUUGCCGUUUGAAGCAUAUGAAGGAUCGUCUUUUCCCUGCUAAUUAUGUGGUUGAAGUAAUACCUACUUUGCCAAAAAUUACUGCACAAACUUCAUUACCUAAAACGGCCACAUUUAGUUCAUUAUCAAACUCGAAUUGUGUUAUAACAUCUGCUGCAUUAACAAUUUAUAAGGGUGAAAAAAGUGAGUGUAUCAUAACUUUAAAAAAUGAUAGCAUGAUUCCCAUAGAACAUUUGGAAUUAUCAUUGCAUUCAAAUGUAGACAAUGAUUUAUUGAAAAAGAUUUUCAAUGUUGACCAAAACUUGGUACAAUCUAAAUUACCUAUAGCGCCAAAUUCUUCUAUUGAAUUUCCUUUGCUAAUAUAUGGUGAGGCAGAUUUUUUGUGUCCAAUAUCUAGUCAAACAGCGAACAUAGUAGAUUUAAAUGGUGGACCACAAAGUUUGAGUUAUUCAGCACUUUCAUCGGGUCAUGCUAGUCUACCCAGUCGGGUAAGCUCACCUGUACAUCAAAUCGUUGGCAGAAAAACUGAUACAAACUCCAGUUUUCGUUCAUCAAAUUCAAGCACAAUUGGUUUAGGUGGGCACACUUCUUUAGCUGCCUUGCCUCCUCUAGCAGUUGCAAACGGUCAAAUCAUAGAAGCUCAACUGCAACUUAGAUACUCUGGCGGAAAAGCAAUGCAAGAUGGCUAUUGCAGACAAUGUGCUAUAUCGUUUGUUUUGGAGCUCUUACCUAGCGUGCAAUUAACUGGCUGGGAUGUUUUACCGGCUGAAACGGCUUCGCAAUUCUAUUUGGUGCUAGAUAUUUCAAAUUUAACAAACCAAGAAAUGUCAUUGAAUUACACUAGUAAUAAAAACAUUUUGAUAGAAGCAAAAGAAAGCUGUCGCGUUCCGAUACCAGUAGAUAGAUGUUCCUUGGAAAGAUUAUCUGAUGAUGUUGCAGAAAUAGAAAAAAAUAGUGCAAACUGUGAUAGCGGCGCAAUUUUAAUCAUGCCCACUCAAGGAGAAAUCACGGAAAGAAUUUGUUCAAAUCACAUAUCUGAAAGAGUAAAUUUAAGUUGGACAUUGACUGGAACUGAAACGCAAGGUGUGGCUUCAUUAAAAGGAAUUAGAUUAACAAACAGUAUGAUCGAUUUAAUUACUGUUGCUCCUCUUCAAUGGAAUGUUAUGUUCAAUAAUACUGUCAUUCAACCUCAAUCUGAGUUCGUGUGCUCUGCUGGAGAGUGUGUUUCACUACAUAUUGAAGUUGGAAAUCAGUCUCAAUCACCAUUACAUCAUUUAGCUUUAACGAUACAGUUCUAUCAAGAUUAUCAAAACGGCGUACAUAGCUAUCAUUUAGAAACCAGGGUCAUGAUGACAGGAGCAAAUCAAAUUGUAAUCCCAAUAUUAGACAAAAAUAACACUAUCGAUCAUGAUUGCUCGGUUGUAUUUUUUACUCCAGGGCGAUUCAAAGCAAACUUGCAAUGUAGAUCUUUGCCAAUAUCAAAUGUAAUGAACUCCAAUUCGUUACUACCUCAACAGUCACAUCAAAUAAAAGAAAACAUUGGCACUGCUGGUAACAAUUUAACAAACUCACUACAACGAAAUCUUCCUAGCUAUAGUUCAUCAUUGGGAUCAUCUAAUAUUGAAUCGUGUAAUGUACAAAAUUAUGCAGAUGCGCUUGUUGGCCUUAAUAAUAAUAAUUUUGAUCAAAAUCAACAUGUUUGGAAGUUCAUUCCACCAGUAGAAAUUACUGUAAUAGAAGGUGUUUAACGUGGUUGCUAAUUUACUCAAUAAAUAAAUCUACUAACAUAAGCUACGUUAUAAAAAAAUUCAAAAACUCUUAUGGUCCAGCAAAUAUUGCUUAGAUUUUAUUUAAAAAGUUAAGAAAAUUUCUAAGACAUUGUCAGUUGUUGCUUUAUUGAUUAGUGUUAAAUAAAUAAAAUAUGCAAGUAUUUUUUUAUUUAAAGA